CUUGUGUCGGACUAUUUCAGAACAGAGGCCAGCAUUUAGUCAUUCUGCGUGAACGCUGCACACGCGCACACACGUACAUACGCGCGCGCACACACACGCUCGUCCGCCGAAGUCCGCUGUAACCGGACCAGGAGGAUUUUCUAUUUCCAAAUGUUCCGAGGACCCGUGCGCGCUUGACUUUCUUGUACUCUUUGGCAAAGCUUUGCGAGGGUGAUCUACUGGAUCCUUUUACGCACAGCGACUGUACGCAGAGAAGAGGACAAUGCCGCGAUCCUUCUUGGUCAAAAAGUACUUCGCUAGGCAAAAACCAAACUACAGUGAACUGGAGUGUCAGAAUGACGCUUCGCCGGAGAGGUAUCCGCUGGCCGAGCUCCCGUCGGGAGACAGCGCGUCUGCCGCCUGCUUCGCCGCCGGCCUGGUGUGGGACCUCAGCGUGCUGCCCGCCCUCUACCUGCCCGCGUCCCAAACCGAGCCGUCCGCCGCCCCGGGCCCGCUGGACCUCAGCUCCCCGUCCAGCCUGAGCAGCAGCGCCAGCAGCAGCGGCGAGGAGGACGAGGGCCGCAGCUCGGACCCCCCCAGCCCCGAGCCCGUGCACACGUACGCCCCCCGCCAGCGCAUGAAGUGCACCGGCGCCGCGGCCCACGGCGGCCCCCCGGGGGAGGAGGAGCGGGAGGCCCCCGUCACGGCGGCCCGCCCGGCCUUCCUCUGCAAGCACUGCCCCAAGGAGUACACCAGCCUGGGGGCCCUGAAGAUGCACAUCCGCUCGCACACGCUGCCCUGCGUGUGCACCACCUGCGGCAAGGCCUUCUCCAGGCCGUGGCUGCUGCGCGGCCACAUCCGCACGCACACAGGCGAGCGGCCGUUCUCCUGCCCCCACUGCAACCGGGCCUUCGCCGACCGCUCCAACCUGCGCGCCCACCUGCAGACCCACGCCGAGGUCAAGAAGUACCAGUGCGGCGUGUGCUCCCGCACCUUCAGCCGCAUGUCGCUGCUGCAGAAGCACAGCUCGUCGGGCUGCUGCUCGCCCACGGCGUGAGACGUCCCGACGCGGAGACGGAGGGACCCACGGAGAGCUCAGGGUAGCGGACGCUCACAGCGCCUCCACGCAGGCCCAGCUGGGCCGCUUGGGACCUGCGAGGCCACCGAGAGCACGGGGAGACCCGGCAGGAGCUUCAUGACGGAUCUGUCCUCACGAGUUUUUCUAGCGUCUGUGUUUUAUGAGAAGAAGAGCGGAGGAGAAUUUUUUUUUUUCUAUCUUGUAGACUGAUUUCUCAAAGGCUGGACCAACUCUGAACAGAACAAUGCCGACACCCACUUGAUCUCAGCCCCUCUGUCGCCGUGUUCCAAAGACCAAAUAUGUAGUGAACUCAUCGGGGUAAGAGGUGCUCUUUCCUGUCUCUGUCCUGGUGCCGGCCAGCUCAGGAUCACGGCCUAGUCACAGCUGCUGAGAGGUAGGGGUGCGUGGGUGGGAUAAAUCUCUCAGCGUGCCUCAGAACACACACACACACACACACACAUAAAAGCAAGUGCACACACAGCUGUCCCUGGUACUGUGUUGUAGAUAGACGAGGUGCUAACAGGUGCUCCAGCCAUGACCUUCGCUGGUUGAUAGCAGGUGACUUCCACUGCCCUUGAUUCGCUUCAAGACGAAAAAAAAAAAGAGGAAGCAUGUCAUCCCUGAAGAAUGGCAUCGGUUAGUCUCGUUCGGGCCGCGAGGAUUGUUUUAAGCUUCUAUUUUGGCUACAGCCGAACCUCCUCUUUAAUCCGAUGCCUUUCGGAGAUAGGAAAAGCCAUAUGCCGUUUGCCGACGAGGCUCCGCUUUGUAGUUCUGCUGCGACUUUGAUGACGGUGCGCUCAAGGUUACCGCAGUGUUAACGAUACCAGCCAAAGCCAUACUUUGUAACUUAUGCGAAUAUUUCCAUGUCAUUUUUUUUACUCUUGAAACCAAAAUGUGCCUUUUUUACCUCAGUAUUUGUGGCUUCAAUAAAAACCAUUGAUUUCAGUAUUAAGAAGAAAGAAAUUAGCACCAAAGAAAGAAAAAUGCAGGAAGGCUGGGACCAAAGAUUUUUAACGUUUACAUCAUGAAGACGUGGCUGCCUAACAUGUGAUCAGAACUAUGAAUGGACAGCACAAAGACACAUUUUUUUACUCUUUAUGAACUUUUGUGGCAGUGUUUUUCGAGUGCAAUGUGCAGAUGACUCGUUAUUUGGAUUUUGUACCAUGCUUGUGUGUCCAAUUCUACUUCCUGUACGUUGUACCUGAUGAGUUUUUUUGGUUCAAUAAAGUAAUUUAUGUUUAUUAAAA